AUGUCAGGGACCUCUACAACCCAAGGCGAAUCAAGCACCUCAGGAUCAGCCCAGCAGUUAAACAGAUCCUGCGAGUCAUGUCGAAGUCUCAAAGUCCGCUGUCUCCCCAGCCCAUCUACGCCUAAUCAAUGCCAACGAUGUGCUAAAGGCAAGCGAUCUUGUGUCUUCGUGGCACCGCAGAGACGGCGGCCCCGGAAGCGGACGGAUUCCCGCGUCGCCCAGCUCGAGAAGGAGAUGCGGAUGAUGCGUUCGCUGUUAAAAAAUCGUAUCCCUGAAGAAGAAGAAGAUCCGGAUUCCGAUGAUGACAGCGACGCGGAUGAUCAGGAUCAUGAAUCAGCAGAUAUGGAAAGCAGUCUCGCCUUGCGGGACCAUCCGACUCAUUCGUCCGAGGAUGUACGUUAUACGGACUAUUCCCCUGAAUUACUGAAUACCCCGCACCCCGGUACGCAUGAUAGUAGUGCGUUUUCGGGGCCGCCGACUUUCUCAGGUAUGCCAGCUGGCUUUGAGUCAGAGCAUGAGAGGCUUCCUCCGACGCACGAUGUGAUCGAUCGGGGGAUUAUCUCUCUUGAAGAUGCGGAGCAAUUAGUGGCGUAUUUCAUUCACGAACUUGCAUUUUUCUUUCCGUUGAUCGUAUUACCUUCGAAUACCACGGCAGCUCAACUGCGUCAAACAAAGCCAAUACUCUUUCUCUCCGUGAUUGCUGCGACAUCCAUCACCGUCGAUGCAGGCCUGGCAGCCGUGCUGAACCGCGAGAUGGUCCGUCUCUAUGCAGAGCGGUUCUUUAUCGAAGGCGAAAAGUCACUAGAGUUAGUGCAAGCGCUGUUGCUGAUGAUCAUAUUUUAUCUCCCGCCCGCAUCGCCAUUGAAACUGCAGCUUUAUCAGUACACGCACAUCGCUUCGACAAUGGCGCUGGAAAUCGGGUUAGCUAAUAAACGUCGUGUCUCGAAAAAGUCCACUCGCAAGGGCAGCCGGCAGGAGCCGCACGACGAGCUUUUGGCUGAGCAGGCGAGAGCAGUCCUCGGCUGCUACCAUCUCGGUUCAAGUGUUGCGAUGAAAACCCGUCGGCCAAAUCUACUCCAGUUCAAUGACUGGAUGAGCGAGUGUCUCAAACACCUAGAAAACUCGCCACAUCGAACGGAUCAACAUGUGGCAAUAUGGUUCGAGCUCCAACGAAUAACCGACGAAGCAAUGUCUUCAUUCGGUCUGGAUGACACCAGCACCACAUCACCCCUCACCGAGUCGCGGGUCCAAGCCGUGCUGCGCUGGUUUGACAAGCGGAUCGAAACGUGGAAGAAGAACGUCCCAUCAGAAAUGCUCACCAGUAAGAAACGCCAGUCCUCUCGCUUGACUCAUCCAAUACUAACAAAAUCCAUCAAACCAGUUCCCAUGAUCCUUGAAUACCGCUCCACAGCACUAGCAAUGUACGAACUCGGCGUAGGAGAAGGCUACCGCGACCCAGACUCACUAAAGCGACGAUAUUUCACGCUUCCAACCCUCGACGAAGAAAACAACGACAGGGAACCACCAGACGCCACACUCAGCGCAAUCCGCAUCGACAUCAACAUGAAAUGGAUGAACGCCGCACAGGAGCUACUAGACGCCGUGCUGACCUGCAGCACAGACACGCUGCGUAAAAUCCCCAAUCUCAUGUACACCCGGUUCGUCAUGGCCGUGACAUCGCUUCUGAAGAUUCACUUCUCCGUGCGAACCGGUGUUCUCGGCGAAGUCAUCACGCCACAGACCGUGAACGUAGCCUUCUACCUCGACGCCCUAGCCAGCAAGCUAGGCGAGGCCAGCGGCGGGGGCAAAUACAAUAUCCCCAGUCGAUGGUACCACGUCGUGGGCGUCAAGGGUCGGGAUUGGUACGAGCGGCUGGAGAGACGGUAUAGUGGAACGGAAGCUGGUUCUCGGGUUGUAUCGGCGAGUCCAUCGACCGGCACUGCGGAAUCGAUAUCAGGUCCGGCAUCACACUCUAGCCAAGGUCAAGGCCAAAACCAGGAUGCGCAUUUGGGUCAGGUUUCGAAGAUGGAAUCGUUUCCUGUCCCCGUUCCUAUGCCCCCAAUGCAGCCGGUAGACGGCAUGCGCGAUGGGUAUGUAGCAAUGGGUGGCACCGGUAUGUGGGCUAUGGAUAGUGGACAUAACCCGCAUUUCUAUCCCAUGGGCGCGGUGGGAUAUCAGCCUCCUGUCUCGCUGGCGCAGACGUUACCGCCGCAAUUUUCGUAUGAGCCGCAGAGGAUGCCGGCUGCUGCUGGGCAGCAUAUGGCUAGGGCGGGGAUGGAAUUGGAUGGGUGGCUUCCUGAUGGGAGUAUUUUUGGGACGCAGCCAUUGCCUGAGUUUUGA